AUGUCGGACUGGGAAGCGGACAGCGACGAGGAGUUCCGCUCCGGGAGCCGGCUGCCAGCGCCCCCGCUGCCGGAGUGGCAGCCGGCGAUGGCCCCCGCCCAGGACCGGAGGAGCCCAGCGUCCCCGGUGGGCGGCAGAGGGCGAAGCGGAGCCACCGGGCCCUGGGCUGAGGACCAGGAGAAGAGGUCGGCCCGGAGAGGCAACGACUCCCAGGGCGGCUGUAGGAGGCUGGAGGAUUCGCGGCCGUUCCCGUUGCACGCACCCCGGAAUCCCUGGCUGUCCGGCCCUCUGGAAUAUCGGCCCCGCGGCCCCCCCAGGGGUCGGGGCUUGGGGGUGCCGCUCUGCUUCCACCUGGACAACGCCAUGAUCGGGACCAUCAUCGGUCGGGCUGGAACUAAAAUAAGAGAACUUGAGGAUUCUUCAGGUUCUAAAAUACAGGUUAUAAGAGGGACAUAUGAAGCUGAAGUAAAGAUUUUUGGCAGUAAUGAUACACAGAACAAAGCCAAAAUGUUGAUAGAUGAUCUUGUUAAGAGGUAUGGCCAAAAUUACCCUGGAGACAGGACUGAGAAAGGUUCCCUCCAACACCAGGAUUUUGGCACUAGUUAUUCCACUGAAAGUCAUCAUGAUCUUGUCAAGUCUGGAAAUGGCCCACAGAAAUCAGUGAUCAACUGGGCAUCUCUUCGAGAAAAUAAAGCUAAAUAUGAAGCUAUGAAGUGGGCAGAUUUGCCUCCAAUUGAGAGAAACUUUUACAAAGAAUCACAAAAGAUUGCUUCCAUGCUACAAGAAGAAGUGGAGAAGUGGCGAAAAGAAAAUAAUAAUAUCAUUUGUGAUGACUUGAAAGAGGGUGAGAAGCGCCAUGUUCCCAAUCCUGUUUGUAAAUUUGAAGAUGCAUUUCAAUAUUAUCCUGAUGUUAUGGCAAAUAUCAGAAAAGUUGGCUUUGCGAAUCCUACGCCAAUUCAGUCACAGGCUUGGCCAAUCAUACUUCAAGGAAUUGAUCUCAUUGGUAUAGCACAGACUGGUACUGGGAAGACAUUAGCUUAUUUAAUGCCUGGAUUCAUUCAUUUGGAUUCACAACCAAUCCCAAGAGAUCAGCGUGUUGGGCCAGGUAUGUUGGUCCUCGCUCCCACUCGAGAACUAGCUCUUCAAGUGGAGGCAGAGUGCUCAAAGUAUACAUACAAAGGAAUUAAAAGUAUUUGCAUAUAUGGUGGUGGGGACCGAAAAGGACAGAUAAACAUGGUUACCAAAGGUGUGGAUAUUGUUAUUGCUACUCCUGGUAGACUGAAUGACCUUCAAAUGAACAACUUCAUAAAUCUGAAGAGCAUAACAUACUUGGUUUUAGAUGAGGCUGAUAGGAUGUUGGAUAUGGGAUUUGAACCUCAAAUAAUGAAGAUCUUACUAGAUGUACGCCCUGACAGACAAACAGUCAUGACUAGUGCUACUUGGCCAGAUGGUGUUCGCCGCCUUGCAAAAUCGUAUUUGAAAGAUCCUAUGAUCGUAUAUGUUGGCACUCUUGAUUUAGCGGCAGUAAAUACAAUAGAGCAGAAAGUUGUUAUUAUCCCAGAAGAAGAAAAGAGAGCUUUUACACGCUACUUCAUUGAUACUCUGAAGCCUAAAGAUAAAGUCAUCAUAUUUGUGGGAAAGAAACUUACAGCUGAUGACUUAUCAAGUGAUUUUAGUCUCCAAGGAAUUCCAGUUCAGUCUCUUCAUGGCAACAGAGAACAGUGUGAUCGAGAACAAGCUUUGGAUGACUUUAAGAAAGGCAAAGUGAGAAUAUUGAUAGCUACAGAUUUAGCAUCCCGUGGGCUUGAUGUACAGGAUAUUACUCAUGUUUUCAAUUUUGAUUUCCCUCGGAACAUUGAAGAGUACGUUCAUAGAGUAGGUCGUACUGGACGAGCAGGACGCACAGGGGAGGCUGUAACGCUUGUCACUAGGAAUGACUGGAGGAUUGCAUCUGAGCUGAUCAGCAUUCUUGAAAGAGCAAAUCAAGCAGUUCCUGAAGAGCUUAUUUCAAUGGCAGAAAGAUUCAAGCAAUUUCAGAUGAAAAAAGAAAUCAAAAAGGAUUUAGGAAGACCUCGUGGAAAGUCCUGGAAAGGUUUUUAA